CCACUCAAUACCGGGUGAUGAAAAGUGACAGCAAACGGCGCAACCUCGCUAGUGCGUAAGAGUGUAUAAAUAAUUGAACUCGCGGUCGCCUGUCGGAGUAAACAAAUUUCGUAGUGAAAUGAGUCAGAGAUCAAGGUACAACGGCUGCGAUGCCUGAAGAGAGGGGCGGCGAGGGAAGAGAAUAAAAGAAAGAGAGAGUGACGGGGAGGGAGGAACACAAAGCCAUAGGGCAGCUGAAGGGAAGCUUGGCGUCCAGUCGCGACGAUCGCGUGGAGUAAGUGUCAAACGGACUUUCGGUUUUGCUUUGUCGUAUAUCUCACGUCGGCCGGGGCCACCUGUCAAUUCACGGCUGUGACAUUGAUCUUGAGACACGCACUGCGCAUUCACAGGAACCAAGGGGUUAUUCGUCUUAUCCAUGAGAAGGAGAUCUCGAUUCAAUCGCAACCAUGUACACGGAACUCUCGGACCAGUUUUACCGAAUUCAAGCUGUCGAUCGCGCACGUAAGAUACCCAGCGUGAACUACUUGUGGGACAAAUCCACGGAGGUGUACGAACGUGUGAAAGGCACGAAUACCUUUGUAAAUUGGGCCUUUGACACAGUCGAGAGUGUAGUGAAUACGAUGAUAGAGAAGUCCCUGCCAGUCGCUCGAUUGAUGGAGAAACCAAUUUAUACGCUGGAUAAAACAUUGUGUCAAGGUAUUGAUUUUGUCGAAGUAAACCUGCCAAUAAUCAAAGAAGAACCCAAACAGAUAUUAAAUCGCACGAAAUCUAUGGUAUCUGAACGUCUCCGCCCUGCGGUUAAAACUUUUACCGACUUGAAGCAAGAAACCAAGCAGAGAGUAAGGGUUAUGACUUUACUUACGUAUUACAAGGUCCAUUACCUACGUAUCUACAGCUGGCAACAAGCCGACAAGGUCAUGUCAACUGAAACCGGUAUCAAUAUUUUAAAGACUGUUGACAAUACCACUGAUUUUGCUGAAGUUAUGUUGGACAAGUAUCUACCUCCACCGGAGGAAGAAACGUACAUUGAUGCAGAGCGGUAUUUAUGUAGCGAACACGUUAAGCUGCAUCAUACAAUGGAAAGACUAAGCGAAUUCAGUACUCGAGCAUACAAACGUAUUUACUACGCGUUAAUGGAGAGGUUGCAGCACAUGUAUAAGAUAGAAAUACUUGUUUUGGUAAUAUACGCACUUCUGGUUAUCCAUGCGAUCAAGUCCUUGGAAUGGAUAGUGAAUUUAAUUUUUAAGUUAUUCAGCGACUGCCUCUUUUCGUCUUAGAGACACGCUCUAGUCUGCUUUAAUCGCAUAUGCGAUAGCACUUAAGAAACCAGUCUAUUUUUGUCAGUUUUACACAAAAAUUAUGUUCCGACAUCAGUAUAUUUUACUUGCAAACUGCGAAUUUUACUUAAUGCGGCCGUCGUGAAAUGUGUGACCA